AGUUGGAGAAGAAAUCUGACGACCACCAUCUUGAGGCAAACCUAAGAGCAGUGGAAACCAUUCUCCCAGGAAUCACCAGGGCAGAAAUCUACGAAUCUGCUAAAAGGCUAAGAGGAACCUUUUUUCUUGAAGGAGACACAACAGCAUUUUCUCAUCCAUCCAUUCUUGAUGCAUGCCUAUGCUCUGUUUAUGAUCUCCAUCCGACUCUUGUUCUUACCAACUGCAGUAUGCAGUUCCUAUAUGAAAGGGUGAAUUCGAACCCAGUACCAGCCACAGCAAUAGACACCUACACUAACAUCAUCUUUGUGUCAGAACACUACUAUGAUAUAGUAGCUGCAAGAAUAGCAGAAUCAGUAUUAAGAGGUGAAUACAGAUGGUGUAUUUCCCAUCCAUUGCUACAAAAUGAACCGUUUGCUAAGAGAGUUCUUGAAGAUCCGAAUGUUAAACAAUGGGUUAAGACAACUGAUUUUCCUUCUCCGGAUUGUGAUGAUAAACAUUUAAUCUACUGGGCAGUACUCUCAAAGAGUGAAUACAUAGUGAGGACCGUCAUACAGCUUACAGAUCACAUUUUCUCAGAGAGAGAAAUCAAGUCAGCUCUUGAUGCCUCAAUAUUGAGUGGCAGCAUGGCAGUAAUGGAGGUAUUGUUCACUGCGUUUGAAGACAGGAUACCUCAAAACACUGUUUCCGAAUUGUUUCUUGAUGCUGCAGAAAGGGAACACAUUGAAAUGGUAACGUUUCUACUGCAGAAAGGGGCGGACAUAACAAAAACGAAUGAAGAUAAGGACAACAUUUUCCAUGUAGCAGCUAGAAGAAAUAAUAUCGGGAUAGUAGAUGUUGCACUGGUAUACACUGAACAGCGUAUCCUUGUGAACAGCCGAAACAAAAACGGCACGACACCCAUCAUGGAAGCUGCUUUGACCGGUUUCAUGAGUGUAUUUUCCAGAUUAUUUGAGCAUAAGGCUGAUCUCACCCUGCUUGAUGACGAAGAUGAAGGUGUAUUACACUAUGCUUCUCGAGGUGGUAACACGUCUAUUGUUCAACACCUUAUCCCAGUAUGUGACAUUAACAAGAGAAGGCGUGAUGGUCGGACCCCAGUCAUGCACGCAGCUGUGUGUGGUCAAAAAGACGUUUUUGACUUACUGGUGUCCAGUGCAGCUGAUCUCACCCUGGUUGAUGACGAAGAUGGCGGAGUGUUACAUUAUGCUUGUCAAGGUGGUAACGCGUCUAUUGUUCAACACCUCAUCAGAAUUUGUGAUAUUAACAAGAGAAGGCGUGAUGGUCAGACCCCAGUCAUGCUGGCAGCUGUGUGUGGUCAAAAAGACGUUUUCGACUUACUGGUGUCCAAUGCAGCUGAUCUCACCCUGGUUGAUGACAAAGAUGACGGUGUGUUACAUUAUGCUUGUCAAGGUGGUAACACGUCUAUUGUUCAACACCUCAUCAGAGUUUGUGAUAUUAACAAGAGAGGGCGUGAUGGUCAGACCCCAGUCAUGCGCGCAGCUCUGUGUGGUCAAAAAGACGUUUUUGACUUACUGGUGUCCAAUGCAGCUGAUCUCACCCUGGUUGAUGACGAAGAUGGCGGAGUGUUACAUUAUGCUUGUCAAGGUGGUAACACGUCUAUUGUUCAACACCUCAUCAGAGUUUGUGAUAUUAACAAGAGAAGGCGUUAUGGUCAGACCCCAGUCAUGGUGGCAGCUCUGUGUGGUCAAAAAGACGUUUUUGACUUACUGGUGUCCAAUGCAGCUGAUCUCACCCUGGUUGAUGACGUAGAUGGAGGUGUGUUACAUUAUGCUUGUCAAGGUGGUAACGCGUCUAUUGUUCAACACCUCAUCAGAAUUUGUGAUAUUAACAAGAGAAGGCGUGAUGGUCAGACCCCAGUCAUGCGCGCAGCUCUGUAUGGUCAAAAAGACGUUUUGACUUACUGGUGUCCAAUGCAGCUGAUCUCACCCUGGUUGAUGACAAAGAUGGCGGAGUGUUACAUUAUGCUUGUCAAGGUGGUAACACGUCUAUUGUUCAACACCUCAUCAGAGUUUGUGAUAUUAACAAGAGAAGGCGUGAUGGUCGGACCCCAGUCAUGCUGGCAGCUGUGUGUGGUCAAAAAGACGUUUUUGACUUACUGGUGUCCAAUGCAGCUGAUCUCACCCUGGUUGAUGACGAAGAUGGCGGUGUGUUACAUUAUGCUUGUCAAGGUGGUAACACGUCUAUUGUUCAACACCUCAUCAGAGUUUGUGAUAUUAACAAGAGAGGGCGUGAUGGUCGGACCCCAGUCAUGCUGGCAGCUCUGUGUGGUCAAAAAGACGUUUUUGACUUACUGGUGUCCAAUGCAGCUGAUCUCACCCUGGUUGAUGAUAAAGAUGGCGGAGUGUUACAUUAUGCUUGUGAAGGUGUCAAGAUGGAAACGGGUCUAUUGUUCAACACCUCAUCAGAGUUUGUGAUAUUAACAAGAGGGGGCGUGAUGGUCGGACCCCAGUCAUGCUGGCAGCUCUGUGUGGUGAAAAAGACGUUUUGAC